UUCACAAAAUAUUCAAAAAAUGCAUUCCCUAAAUAACCAAAUUUUGAUUUUUUCUUUAAUUACAUUAUUGGCAAUUACUCUAACAAUUGCAAAUAAACAUCAUAAUAACCAUAAUAAUCAUCACGGAGCAACAGUUUCUGAUAUUUCAAAAGGACUGGCUGGUUGGGUUCAGAGUUAUAAAGAGCCAAAAACUGACGAAGAAAAAGAAUUAAAAGUAAAUUCAGAAAAUUCAUCUACAAAACAGAAAGAAAGUGAAAGAUCAGCACCUGUGGAAGAAGAGGAGGAGGAAGAAGAAGAGCCAACUUGCACAAUUAAAGUUCAGAAGGUUGAAAAACAUGUUGGAAAAUGUGUUCGUCUACGAGGCAGUGUUGGAGCUUGUCAGACAGACAAAUAUUUAGAUCCACAAAAUGCGGAAUGCAUGUUCCUGUAA